CGCGAGCGCGAGCGCCGCGGAUAACACCACAGCGAGCAAAGCAAAACCCACGCCGCGCGCGCCCGCCCGCCCGCGAUUAACCCGCCCAGCUCGAGGAAGGCGUGCGCCAUCCGUGUCCAUGGCGCCUCCGCUAUAAGGCGAAGGCGAGGGAGGAAAACCUCCAGCCCCAGCCAGCGAGAGCUUCGCGCGGCAGGCCACCAACCUAUUUUUGCACGCCCCGUCGCCCCGCCGCCGCUGCUUAUACGCCUCCGCGUCCGGGGCCCCUGCUCCCGUCUCUUCUUCUUCCUCUCCCUCUCACCUCCCGCUCCCGCGCCCACCGCCUCCUCCGCGCCCCCCGCACCAAGGCCAGCCUCCCCGCACGGCGCCGGCGGUGCAUGGGAGGCGGGACGACGGCGGUGACGACCACCGCGGCGCCAUGACCACCACCACCGCGGCGGCGGCCAUGAACGUGGCGGCGGUCGCGCAGCUCUGCGGCGGCGGCGGCCGGCGCGGCCGGAAGGCGCAGGGCCCCCGGGUCGACCUGCGCUGGGCGCGCCUGCUCCGCCUCGCCGUCGUCAGCCGGGUGCUCCGCAUCGUGCGGGACCAGCUGCUCGCGUGCUCCUCCUGCGGCGGCGGGGGAGGCGCGGGCGGCGGCGGGGGCCGGGGCGGCGGACGGUACCGCCGCCUCGGCCCGCCAGCGCACGCCGGGGGCGCCAUGCUGGCACCGGUCCAUAGGGGCGACGAGUGCGUCCCCGGCGCCGCCGGUGACGCGGCGCCUUGCGACGCCGCCGCCGCGGACGGCGAGAACGUUGUCAGCCUCAAGGUCAGCCUGCUCGGCGACUGCCAGAUCGGCAAGACCAGCUUCAUGGUUAAGUAUGUGGGAGAUGACGGGGAGGAGCAGAACGGCUUGCAGAUGACGGGCCUGAAUCUCAUGGACAAGACGAUGGCCGUCCGGGGAGCUAGGAUUGCCUACAGCAUCUGGGACGUCGCAGGAGACGUCCAGUCUGUCGAUCACAUCCCAAUCGCGUGCAAGGAUGCCGUUGCGAUCCUUUACAUGUUCGAUCUCACGAGCCGGUGCACGCUUAAUAAUAUUAUAGAUUGGUACGAGAGGGCGAGGAAAUGGAAUAAGACGGCUAUUCCAAUCCUAAUCGGGACAAAGUUUGAUGACUUUGCUCAGCUUCCUCUUGAAAUGCAAUGGGCCAUUGUUAACCAGGUGAAACAUUUUGGGCUUGUUUCCCAUACUCAGCCACAAAUCCAAGAAUUCUAGCACGAUUGCAUCCACAAGCACCUCGUCGGUUGGGCACUCCGCACUCCUGUGACAGUGACCGACAGAGCUGCGCUGUAGAGCCCCCAAAUCAGAACUUGAAUGGGGUACAGUGGACUAAUUAAGACUGUUGUCAACAGAGAGUGCUCACCUGUUAUUGCACAUUGAAGUCACUGGGCCUUAUGGUGUUGAUCGGAGCCAUUGUGAACUAGUAUUAGUAGGCCCAAACCACAUCAUUUGGAGGCGGAGACGAUGGGCGCCAUGAGCGACAAACUGAAGGGGUCAAACUUCAGAAAAACUUGGGAAUUGGGCAUGCAUUGUCAGGUUUUCAUAUUGUUGUCCACUUUGCCCAAGUGCCUCUAGAUCCGAAUUGGAGUGCACGUCAGUCUUCGUUGUGGGCCUUGUACUACAGGACGCAGAUUGAUGGUCACUCCUCACCGGACAUGCUAAAAGAAAAACCGAUGGCAACCUUGCAUCUAAUUGGAACUUUUCUUUUGUUGCAUUUGCAUAUUUCCUAACAAACUCGCGUGUGUUUUCUGUUGC